GCCAUCACCACUUCAUAUAAACGCACGCUAGCUCCAUAUAUUGCUUCCUCUUGAGCCUCUACAAAACCAUCAAAGUUGAAUCUCCAAAGCCAAUCUAUAAUAAUAUUCUACUUACCCUUCUAUUACUUGCACAACAUCAACAUGAGGAAUACCAACCACCACAACAAGUUCAUAAGGUUCAUUACAUACCCAAUUCGGGUAUUGGGCAAAGCAAAGGAAUUUUACGUUCGAAGCUUGUCGGAUUACGCUAAUUCUGGCGUUGGUUAUGGUGGUGGCAUGGGCGUACCUGGAGGCAGCAUCGCUUCGUUGCCUAAGAGCUUCAGUGUCAACUCAUCGAGGUCUGAAGAGAGCGAUAUGGAUUACGCAGAGCUUCUUAGAGUUGCCUCCUUGAAGAGUAGUAGGUCUGGUCGUCAUGGACAUGGAUUAAGUGAGAUGGGACAGAGUAGUAGUACUAGUACUGGAUUGAGGAAGAGUUGCAGUGUUGCUAUGGGAAGGAUUGACGAGGACAGGCCUUGUGAUAAUUUUGUAGAAGUUGGUGGUGUUGGUGCUAAUUAUAACAAGGAUUUCUUGUACCCAAGAAGCAGAAGCUAUGCUGUGCCAAAGAGAAACCUUAUGUUUUAAAUUAUUUUUUUUUUGUUUUUUAAAAAGAAAAAUUGGAGAUGUGAAAUUUAAUUAAUUCAGGAUGUGCAGAGUGAAAUGAACUUUGAUUAAUUAAUCAAUGUUCUUAAUUUUUAUUUAUUUUUAUCAAUGAUUGUUUGUUUCUUGAAGAUCAUUAUAUGGGUUCCUCUUUGUUU